CAUACACUCUUUAUCUUCUUCUUUCUCUCUCUCAAUUAUUUUCUUUCUUUGUCAUCUCUUUUUCUCUAACUAGAAAAAUUUAUCUAUAAAGAAGUGAAUAUAUAUACAUAUAUAUAUAUAAACAUAUACAUAUAUAUAUAUAUAUUCAUAAGAAGAAGAAGAAGUAGAGAUAAAUAUAGAAAAUAAUGCCUCAUCACAAGAGAUCUUUAGGAGAAGAACUGUGUUUGAAUCGGAUUAUCAUUCCUGAUCUUUCACUUCACAUCCACCCUCCCAACACCCAAAACGACGCCGUUUCAGAACCAUCUCCCUUCGACAUAUGGCGAAAAGACCACCAAACCACUACUAGAGAACCAGCCACAGCUGGCCGCGGCGGCGCAGUAGAAGGGCUUAGAUCGUCGCCGUCGUCACACGGCGGCGACUACUACUGCGGCUCAGCAAGAGCAGCCGACACCGAGCUCUCUCUCUCGACGACAGCUUCCGAAGCCGAAGCCGACAGCGCCCGCCGCUGGCUGAGAAGAAUCAACGGCUUUCCGAGCCGCCGAGAAGAGGAAGAGGAAGAGUCAGUCGUGGCUGCUGCUGCGACUAGGUUAGCGAUGAACAACUCAUCAGGUUUUUCAUCAUCGUCGUCAAUGGUGGAUUUGAGUUGUAAGAACAAACCCAUUAUUAAAGGAAUUCCGGUUAGUACUGCUGCUGCUGCGUUUUCGUUUUCGCCGUCGCCGUCGUCGUUGGAUGAAUCGUUGAGAUUAAGAUCGGAGUACGGUUCCAGGUUGUGCUUUCAUCAAGAAAUGCCGCCAUAUCCAUCUUCUUCUUCUUCUUCGGCUUCGUUUUACAAUAGGGUUUACAGUAACAAUCCUCAUCACCAUCACCAUCACCAUCAUCAACAACAAGAACAAGAACAACAGUUUCACUAUCUAAAUCACCAUAGUUACAAUCAUAGCAAUAACAGUAAUCCUCAGUUUGGGAUUAUCGGAGGUAAUAACAAUAACAAUCCGGAUUUCCCAAACAGUUUUCGACCCAGAUUCAUUCCAAAGUUACAGAGCAAGAGGAACAUGAGAGCCCCAAGAAUGCGUUGGACGAGUUCUCUCCAUGCUCGUUUCGUCCACGCCGUUGAGCUUCUCGGCGGCCAUGAAAGUAUUACCAGGGCGACUCCAAAGUCAGUUCUUGAGCUAAUGGAUGUUAAAGACCUAACGCUUGCUCAUGUCAAGAGCCAUUUACAGAUGUAUCGAACUGUUAAGAACACUGACAAACCUAUGGCUUGCUCAGAUGGAUCUGGAGAAGAUGAUAUAUUGUCAACACCAAUACCCCAUUAUCAGAAUAAUGCAGACUGUUUACUGAACCAGCAAACUAGAACAACUUCAAAUAGUAAUGAUAAUAAUAAUAAUACAGCUUCUUUAAGUUUUGAACAGAACUUGGCCCAGAAUUGUAACAAUCUACGGUUGAGCAACUCUUCUAGGGGAUGCUCGUAAUGAUCAUCGUGGCAUAAAUCGACUACUGUGAAAGUUGAUUAAUGAUUUUGCACUUAAAAUAAUCAUUGACGAAACAUACUUGUUUAUGUGGAAGAUAUCAUAUGAGCAGAAGAGGGGCAUGUGUUUUAAGAGAAAUUAGUGAGAAUGACUUAUGUUUUUAAGUGAUUUUGCACUCUGACAUACUUUUGAUAUUUUUUUACAAAAUGGUCUCUGUCUAAAAUUCGACCAUGAUCAAUUGUCUAAAUUUUUCGAUCAGUUGUUUGAAUUUUUCGACUAGUUGUCUAGAUUUUAAGAGAUCAUUUUGUAAAGAAUUAUUAAAAUUAGACUAGAAUGUAAAAUAACUUUAAAAAGAUAGAUCAUUUUACGAAGAGAUCCAUGUUUUAAUGAAUAUAUACAAUGGAGGAGAUUAUAAAGCUAGGCCAGAUGAUUAAACCUUUGUCUCAUCUCAUGAUUUAUCAACCAAGUAAUAUCUCAAAACAAAUUAAGAAGGAAGAGCAGUAGUUUUGUUGAAUCAAGAAGCUUAGCCCAGUCAAAUAUGGAGCACGUGACUAAGAGUUUGGAGUAGUUCUUCUGUGGCACAGAGAAAAAGAACAAUAUGACUGACUCAUCAUCAAUAUCUCUAACUAUUACGUACCUUCUUCUUCUUCUACUACUACUGCCUAAUAUAUAAUACUAAAAUGAAAAAGAAAAAGAAAAAGAAAAAGAAGUUAGUACACAUUAAUGUUUUUUUUUUUAAAUAUAUAUAUAUAGGUACACUAGUACUUUCACUAGUUUGGAGAAUAAUAAAGAAAUUUAUCUUCUUUA